UCGGCGAUCGGACUAUAGUCAGUCAGUACGCAACCUCGGUACCGGUCGGACGCCUUGAAAGCCCAUCCACGCUUACACAAUUAGUUACCGUCUCACCAGUCUAUAUGAAAUUUUAUUUGUAAAAACUUACGAACCCAGCAACCCGAGUAUAGAGCGGUUAGUAGUGCGUGGUAUUUUCCGUUCGACUUUUUUUCCGCACUCGCGUGUUAAUUUUUAUAUAUUUUAUAAUCAUAAAAUGGAACAUCAAAAUAUGGAAAGAAAACCAGCCCAGAAAAGAGUCCGGUCUUCAAACUGGGAUGAAGACAAAAAGCUCAUAAAUUCAGUAUUAAGCCAGCUUUCAAAAGAAGUGGAUUUAGAGAACGAUGCCAUUAUUGUGAAGCUCAACGGCCUGAUCCACCACGAUGAUAAAAUAGCACUCAAGUCUAUUACAGCUCAGAUGCAGCUAGAAAACGCAGUGGGUGAUCGUGUGUUCGGAACCUUCGCUGAGAACCUAUCCUUCCUACUGAGCUGUCUCCAAAGCAGCGGCAACCGGAGCGCUAAGAGCGUUGUGUUUCUGCUGCAAGAGUUCCACAUGUUCUGUAAGACCGGUCGGACGCAGACGUUGUUGUAUAACCUGUUCGAUGUCACACAUAAUAAGCAGGCUCCGAUGUGUGUGCUAGGUGUAACAAACCAAAUAGACGUCAUGGAGUUAUUAGAGAAACGCGUAAAGUCCCGUUUCUCCCACCGCCAUAUUUUCAUCUUUCCUAACGAGGAGACAGAGCCCGGUGCCACGCCGAAAUCGCGCUUAGACACGUACACAGAAGUGCUAGUUCAGCUUCUAUGUGUGCCUUGUGUGAAGCGAGUUGAAGAAAAGAAAAAGGGACGGGGUAGGAAGAAGUCUACAGCUACAGAAGAAGUAGAUAUAGACCAAUCAGAAUUCACAAUACCUCCGGAAGUGCUAUCCCGGUGCAAAGUGAACCCAAGCCAGUUCAACGAGCUAGAUCCAGGCUUCGUAGAGGAUUGGAACGCACACGUGUUAAGUUUGGCCAGCGAUGAGAGAGUCACCGAUGCUUUGGAGAAGCUCUGCUAUUAUACUGUGAAUGAGCAGAUAUUUAGGAAUAUUCUGUUCCAAUUAGUCUCCCAACUGUCACCAUCCAAGCCUUUCAUAGACGCGGGCGAGCUAGACGCUAUCAUAGACAAGACAGUCGCGCCCGAGCAUAGAGUCAAGUUGCUGCAGAGUCUGUCCAUCUUGGAGUUGUCUCUGGUCAUCGCGAUGAAGCACGGCUUGGAGAUAUUCGACGGACAGCCGAUGAACUUUGAAAUGGUUUUGCACAGGUACACAAAAUUCGCCAACGCGAAUUCGUCAGCUCAAACCGUCCCUCGGCCAGUCAUACUGAAGGCUUUCGAGCAUCUACAGUCUUUAGAAAUCAUCAUGCCAGUCCGAAGCACCGACUCCAUAUACAACCCUGGGGAAACCACCGCGAGUAGGGUACAGAAAGAGUACAAAUUAUACACGUUGGCUGUACCCGUGGACGAUAUAACUGAAGCUGUUAAGACGUUUAGAGCGUUGCCCACGGAAAUUAAUCAUUGGUACCACAAUUCGGUAUGUUAAAAUGAAAACUACUAAUUUGGUAGCUUUUUUGUUUGUGGCAACACUGAAUGUUUGGGAGUUUUAUAGGGCACUCAACGAGAGUUGAGGCCAUCAACACAAGCAUUUUGUAUCAGUGUGCUUACCAUGAGUUUACGAUUGGUGUGCUC